AUGAGUGAAAUUGGUAAAGUAAAAAAGAAUUCCAUAUUAGGAAGGGUCAAAAGUCUUAUGAAGAAGAGUGAAGAUGAUGAUAAAAGGUCUUCUUUUGUCAACACUAAUAAUGGAAAUAAAA